UUUUCAAAUUGUAAAUUCACAUUCCAUUACACUUUACUCGUCAAUCCCUUCUUUCUUUUUUACUUUCUCUUUCAUUUAUUAAUUCGCAUAUCCUUUUCUUCCCCCUUUUGUAUUUUUGUUUUUUUACAAUCCAGUACCAUUUCAGACAGAAAUGCCAUCGCGGACACCGCCGCCAAUGGUGCGCAUUAACAUUCCGACAGUCAAUAUCAGUGAGGCCUGGGCGCCCACGCCCCUGCGCAAGCAGCGUCUGGGCGUGCGGUUCAUAAAACUGUACAUGCCGUGUCUUUUGAUAAUCUCGCUAGUAAUAAACAUCUACUACUUUACCCGGCCCGAGCCCCUGUCCCUGCCCAGCGCGCUGGCCACGACCAAAACGCCCCUGCACCGCCAGCGAGAAUACACAGAAGUAGACUACACGCAGCUGACAGACCUAGUGCUAGUGGUUGGCCACGGCGUGUACAUGGGCGAGGGCUCGCCCUUGAAUGAAUCCAGCUGGUUCCUAUUGAACGAGCAGCGCGGCGAAGUCGGUGCCUUUAUGGCUCAUAUAGGUCAGGGCAUAGAGCUAGCAAUGGAACAUGACAGAGUGCUUCUCUUGUUCAGCGGUGGCAAGACGCGGCUUGGCGCUGGCGCGCAUAGCGAGGCGCAGGGAUACUGGGCUGCGGCGGAUAAGAUGGGCUGGCUGAACAAAGAUAUCUAUCGACGGGUGUUGACCGAAGAAUUCGCACGCGACUCGUACGAAAACGUCCUCUUUUCUAUAGCUCGCUUCCGCGAAAUCACUGGGAAUUACCCGGAUCGCGUCACCGUGGUGGGGUUUGAAUUCAAGCGCGAUCGCUUCAUGAACUUGCAUCGACAUGCGUUGAAGUACCCCAAGAUCCGCUUUAACUAUGUUGGUAUUAAUCCGCCUGGGGACGUGAAUGGGAUGGCCAAGGGUGAGCGUAAAAAUGGAUUCAGCCUAUUUGAAAAGGACUUGUACGGGUGUAGCGAUCAGCUGGCCAAGAAGAAGGUUGUGAGGAAUCCAUUUAUGAUGAGCCAUGGCUACGCCAAGUCCUGUCCCGAGAUUGCGGGCUUGUUCGAUUACUGUCCAAGUAACCCGACUGCUGUCUACGAGGGAGACCUUCCUUGGCUGAGCUGAGCUGAGCUGAAAAUAUAUAUUUUAUCAUUUUAAAGCUGAAAAUGGCAAAUAAUUGAUAUUGAUAUUGUAUUGUAUUGUACUUUAUUGAAAAAUAAAACCAAG